AGUGGGCAUUUUCCUGGACCUGAUCAAGUGUGUAGCCUAAUUGCUGUGUUGGCUACAGCCCUGAAUGUGUCCUCGCAACUCAUUCUUUCAAAUCACAGUAUCUCUCAUAUUGUCCCAUUUAAGCAACGGGCUCAAGCAUCUUUGGGAAAUUCUGCUGGAAGAGAACAGACCAAAAAAGCUAUAAACAUUUGGUAAUUCUAAGACAAAGGAGAUUUUGGUGAGAGUGUUGUUUUGGGUAGGAACUGCCUUAAUAUUGACAAGAAUAGUCAUUCACCUCAGUCUCUGAUAAUUAACAAAUCUAAGUCGUAAUGGAUGCUGAGUACGUCUUAUGCAAUUGGAAAGACCAGUUAUGGCCAGCAAAAGUUUUGUCCAGAUGUGAGACUUCAUCAAACAGUAAGAGAAAAAAGACAUUUUCCCUAGAAGUUCAAAUACUCUCAGUAAAUGAAAAAAUUAAAGUGGAAAGCAAGGAAACAAAGAUCCUAACUAAAUCUCAAAUUGAAGCCAUUGCCUCCUCACUAGCAGCACAGUCAGAGGGCAGUUAUCCACCUAGAGAGGAAACAGCUUAUGCAAGGUCACUAAAAAUGGCACUGGGUAUUCUGAAUAAGAGAACAAAUUUGAAUCAAUCAAGCAGUUCAGAUGAAGAAGAGACCACUACACUGUCUCAAAAUGUACCACAAAAGCUUUCUAAUUCACCCCCUCGUAAAAAGUAUCGGAAGCCUAAAGGAAACUUAUCGAAGUGUCUUGAAGAAAGUGAAAUUCCAACAUUUCUGUUAGUAUCUUCAGAGAGUGAUGAUUCCUUGUAUGAUGAUAAAUCACAAGUGCAUGCAACCAUUGAUACUAUCCCAAGUGAGAUGGAAACAAAAUCAUCACAAAACUCCAGCUGGUGCCAAAUUUUCCCUCCACUUUCAGAAGAGGAUGAAAAGGAGAGCAAGAAAAAGAUUGACAUCCCAACAAUUACGCCUUUGGAUUCUACAAUCAAAGAGGAAGGUGCUUAUGUUAAAGAAGAGAAGUUCACUCCAACUUCACCACCAGAUAUCUUCAUUUUGCCAAAAAGUUUGAAAGAGGAGCCAGAAGACCUCUGCCCAAAGACACUGGUCAUUUCCUCUGAAUGCUCUGCCUUCUUAGAGAAUAUUGAGGAUCCUGGAGAGGGUCCCUCGAAUUCAUGCUUAGAUACAAGCCAGAAUCAGCCUGUAGAAUCAGAGACAGGUGCUCUGGCAUCCCCCAGUUAUUGUUCAUGGGAAUGUCAGGUUUCAUUUAGUGCCUCUAACCGUGUCAUGGAUUGUUCACUCCGUGGGAAUAAUGAAAGAAGUGGCCAGAAUCCGGAUUUUGAGGAACAUGGAGAAGAACUCCAAGCUUCUGAUAAGUCGGUGCCUCUAAAUCCUGUUGAUACUUCUGCAUUAGAUGACGAUGAGGAAGACGAAGUACUUCCACCAGUUGUUUUUCACUAUGAGCCACGUUCAUUUGAAGCAGGAAUGAUAGUCUGGUUUAAAUAUAAAAAAUAUCCAUUUUGGCCAGCCAUAGUAAAAAGCAUCAGGAGAAAAGAGAAAAAAGCAAGUGUGAUUUUUGUUGAGGCAAACAUGAAUCGUGAAAAGAGAGGCAUUAGAGUGCUUUUGAGAAGAUUAAAAAAAUUUGAUUGUAAAGAGAAACAAGCACUAGUGGAUAAAGCCAGGGAGGAUUACAGUGAAAGUAUUGACUGGUGUAUCUCACUGAUUUGUGACUACAGAGUUAGACUAGGUUGUGGUUCUUUUACAGGCUCUUUCCUUGAGUAUUAUGCUGCUGACAUUAGUUAUCCAAUCAGGAAAGUAAUCAGACAAGAUACCUUCAGGAACUUAUUUCCAAAGCUGCAUAAUGAAGAUUCUAUGGAACCGAUGGCCAUGACUUCCCAGACCAAAAGAAUGUCCUUCAAAAAAAUUCUCCCUGACCGAAUGAAGUCGGCUCGGGACCGAGCCAACAGGAAUCUAGUGGACUUCAUUGUGAAUGCAAAAGGAGCAGAAAACCAUCUUCUGUCCAUUUUAAAUGGCACAAAAGCAUCCAAGUGGCUGAAAUCAUUUUUGAAAGCAAAGAGGUUCACUCCCUGUAUUGAAACAUACUUCGAAGAUGAAGAUCAGUUGGAUGAGGUAGUGCAAUAUUUACAAGAAAUCUACAAAAAAAUAGACGAAAGAAUGCUAGCUCGGAUAAGAGAUGAUAAAAUUAAAUUUAUCCUAGAAGUUCUUCUGCCAGAAGCAAUCAUCUGUUCAAUUUCUGCUGUUGAUGGAUUGGAUUACAAGGAAGCUGAAGCAAAGUAUCUAAAAGGACCAUCUCUAGGAUACAGGGAAAGAGAGUUAUUUGAUUCAAAAAUCCUAUUUGAAAAGAGACGGAAGCCAUCAACAAAACAAGCUCACUAAAUCACCUGCAUGUCCAAAUCAUAACAGGGAGCUUUCAUAGAUAUUAGUUUAAAAAAUCCCCCUAACAUAUUUUCCAGAAACAGGAGGCUUUAGGUAAUAUGUUCAGGUUUUGUUGUAUGUGGUUUUUUGGCAUCUCUAUGAUCUGUCAAUAUUACUACAUCAACAUUUUCUUUCUUACACUUCUUUAAAGUCAAUUUUAUUAUAUUUCAGCAGUUCUACUAUCUCACACAUUUUUAGAAUUCAUAAUUCCUAAAUAAUUUUUAAGAGAAAGUACUAUUUUGUUUUUUGACAUCUUUGUGUCUAUGCUGUAUAGUUAAAUACAGGGUACACAAUCAUUUGCAUAUGAAAUUUGCACUAGUAUUAGAUAGUAAGCGAGAUGAUUAGAAAAAAAAGUCUAAGGAACAUUGAUUAUAUUAUAUAUUUUUGCUUAGUUUUUAUAAAAUAUUGGGUUUCUCCUAAGAUAGUUGAAUUAUUUUUUCUGCCAUGCCUAUUUAUUUUUGGAAAAAAAUAUCUGAGACAUAGAACCAAAGAUAGAGAUGCUUUGCUAUAUAUUAUUACUAACUGUAAUUGCUUUUGCAAGAAAAUCUGGAAUUCAAAAAUAAAGUAAAUGGAUUACCUGCAUGCAGUCUAUAUGUGUGAGAAUAACAUCUCAGCAUGCAGAAAAUAAGUUUGGCAGCCUGGAACAGGAUUGUUCAUUCUACACUUCCCUGAAAUUCCAUUUGUGGAGUGUCUAUUAUUCAGUAAGUCAGUGGUUUCUUAAACAGACAGGCUUUUGGCUGUCAUCAUAACUAACAGUAUCUGUAUCUAAAUAUGGCCAUCUGACCACAUGUGGAUGACAGCUAGAGUCAUUGUAUUCAUAGCCUGGCUACUCUAGAGCAUGAGUCCAGGCUGAUUACUUAAGAACCCAUCUAGUUUGUUAUAAACCGUAGAAAAUGCAAACAUUUUGUUCUGACUAUAGUAUCUCUAAAUAUAUAGUCAUUUGUUUCAAACCAAACACUCUGUAUAUUAGUAAAAUAGUUCCAGUUGAUUUCAACAAUAUAAAUACCAACUGGUAAGUCAUUCCAGGCUAAAACAAAGAGUAGAUGGACCAGAAUCUGUGAGUUUGGAAAUGAGUCAUAGAAAAGGCCUCCAUUUGGCCAAAUGUGACAAUUAUCCAAAUAUAUUUAAAAGUACACAGCUGACAGUUGAAGUCUGAAACCAAUGAAAAGCUUAUUCUAACUUGAAAUAAGACUUUAGUGAAAAUAAAUGUUAUAAGGGCUACUUUAUUUUAGAAACUUGACAUAAAAAUAAACACUAAAGGCUUAACAUGAACUUGUCUGCAUUUUUAUUCUUAGAGUGAGACAACUGUUACUCUUAGGCUUUUGUUAUAUGUUUUCAUGGCCACAUAUUUAUGUAAAAUUUUCAAAAGUUUGACGUUUCAUUUGUAA